ACCAAACGGGACCAUAAAUCUGGGGGAAGAAAAAAGCUUAUUGUUCUAACAUUCGAGUUCUUUCAACUUGCCCAUUCAUUUUACAGGGCGUUCUUCAUACGCUUCCCCUCUAUCUCUCUCUAGCCAUGAGUCUCUUCGGUCUCGGAAGGAAUCAAAAGACUUUUCGCCCCAAAAAAAGUGCACCUUCAGGAACUAAGGGGGCACAGCUAAGAAGGCACAUAGAUGCUACCUUAGGCAGUGGAAAUUUGAGAGAAGCUGUGAGACUUCCUCCCGGUGAAGAUUUCUAUGAAUGGCUUGCCGUAAACACUGUGGAUUUCUUCAAUCAGGUCAACUUGCUUUAUGGAACUCUUACAGAAUUCUGUACUGCCGAGAUCUGCCCAACAAUGACUGCUGGACCAAAGUAUGAAUAUAGAUGGGCAGACGGUGUCCAAAUCAAGAAACCCAUUGAAGUUUCCGCCCCGAAAUACGUCGAAUAUCUAAUGGAAUGGAUUGAAAGUCAGCUGGACGAUGAAUCCAUAUUUCCUCAAAAGCUUGGUACACCCUUUCCUCCAAAUUUCAAGGAUGUUGUUAAAACUAUAUUUAAAAGGCUUUUCCGAGUUUAUGCUCACAUCUAUCACUCCCAUUUUCAGAAGAUUGUGAGUCUUAAAGAAGAGGCUCACUUAAAUACCUGCUUCAAGCAUUUCAUACUAUUCACCUGCGAAUUUUCGUUGAUUGACAAGAAGGAACUAGCCCCACUUCAAGAACUUAUAGAGUCAAUUAUUCCUUGAUAGAAUGGCCAUUCUAAGUUUAAACAGUAUACUAUGCAGUUUGUGUGCAAACAAAAGCCAUGGUAAAACGCAAGUAACCUUUUUCAUGUCAAAGUUUGUUUCUUGAAACAUUAGAAAUGUGAAUACAAUAAUUCAUGUAUGGAAUAUGGUUGUUUUCAA